CUGGGCUGCCGCAAUGGAACUCAGCGCCGAGUACCUCCGGGAGAAGCUACAGCGAGAGCUGGAAGCGGUGCACGUGGAGGUGGAGGACAGGACUCCCAACCGUUGCUCGGCCAGCUUCCGAGUCCUGGUGGUGUCCUCCAAGUUUGAGGGGAAACCGCUGCUACAGAGACACCGGCUGGUGAAUGCCUGCCUCGCGGAAGAGCUUCAGCACAUCCAUGCCUUUGAGCAGAAGACCCUGACCCCAUGA